GCCACAUCACCUUAUCCGAAACUGCUACACGCACUCAAGGAUGGCUGGCCCUGUAGCAAAGGCUCCUAAAUCUGCAGACCAGUACAGGCUACCGACAAAUGUGAAGCCCGUUCAUUAUGAUCUCACUAUUCGUACCGAUCUGGAAAGACUCAAAUUUGACGGUUAUGUCACCACUCACCUAGACAUCGUCCGUGACACCACGUCCAUCCAGUUCCAUACUUCCAAGCUGAAGUUCGGUCACGCUAAAUUUGCGUCUUCGUCUUUAGACGAACCUUUUGUUCAAGAGGCAUCAUCCUUGAAGUACAGCGAAGAGGAAGAGCGUGCCACCCUUGAACUUCCCAUGACGCUUCCCGCUGGCACCAAAGCUGAACUGAAGAUCGACUUCGAAGGAGAACUCACUGGCGCAAUGAUGGGCUACUACCGUUCCGCUUGGGAGCGCGAAGGAAAGACCGCAUAUUAUUCUCUCACACAGUUCGAGCCUACCGCUGCAAGGCGCGCCUUUCCCUGUUGGGAUGAACCCGCUCUCAAAGCUACGUUCAGCAUGACGAUGAUCUCUCGCGCCGAUACGGUCAACCUCGCCAACAUGCCUGCCAUCUCAGAAGACGUCUACUCCCCCUCGCUGAAGGAGAGUACGGAUGUCGUCUCCUGGCUGUCCUCGAAGCUCUCCGCGGUGACUACAGACGAGAGUAGCGAGUGGAAGAUCACCAAGUUCGAGAAGACGCCGCCAAUGUCUACGUACAUUGUUGCCUGGGCGAACGGUCCCUUUAAGUACCUCGAGGACACGUACAAGAGCCCGCUUAGCGGCAAGGUUCGGCCACUACGCGUUUACACAACCCCAGACUUGAUUCACCAGGCCCAAUUCGCGCUCGACGUCAAGCGCAAAGUCCUUCCUCUCUACGAACAGGUCUUUGACAUCGAGUACCCGCUUCCGAAACUCGACACCCUUGUCGCGACAGACUUUGACGCUGGCGCCAUGGAGAACUGGGGUUUGAUCACCGGACGAACUGCAGCAUUCCUCUUGGACCCCAAGAAGUCGGAUCUCAACGGCAAGAAGAACGUUGCGAUAACACAGAGCCAUGAAGUCGCACACAUGUGGUUCGGUAACAUCACGACUAUGGAAUGGUGGGAUAACCUGUACCUCAACGAAGGCUUCGCUUCAUUGAUGGGCGAAACGAUCAUUCUUGACAGAGUGUUCCCUGAAUGGAAAGUUCACUCAGCGUUCAUCUCGAACGAGCUCAACCAGGCCAUGAGCCUCGAUGCCAAACUGUCUUCACACCCAAUCGAAGUCGAAUGCCCCGAUGCAGAAAUGGCAAACCAGAUCUUCGAUGCUCUGUCCUAUGACAAGGCUGCUUCCGUACUCCGCAUGCUUUCCCGUUAUGUCACGGAAGAGAAAUUCCUGAAGGGCGUGUCGAUUUACCUUAAGAAACACUUGUACAAGAACACUGUCACUAGGGAUCUAUGGCAAGGAAUUGCUGAGGCUAGCGGCUUGGACGUGCCGAAAGUGAUGGACAACUGGGUCAAAAAGAUGGGAUUCCCCGUUGUCAAAGUUACCGAGGUCGACGGAGGUAUCCGUGUGCGUCAAGAUCGUUUCCUCGAGACCGGCCCUGCUGAUCCCAAGGACAACAAAACGAUCUGGUCAAUUCCGUUGAGUCUCCUGACCGUCGGUUCGAACGGCAAAGCGUCCGUCGAUCACACCAUCCUUCUCGACGAGCGCGAGAAAUUCAUUCCUCUCGAUACUUCGAGACCGUUCAAGCUGAACGCAGGCACGGUCAGCGUCUUCCGCGUCCUGUAUAGCCCGGAACGUCUUGUCAAGGUCGCCGAAGAGGCCGCUAAGGAAAACUCUGUUUUCUCGCGCGAGGAUCGCAUUGGACUGGUUUACGACGCGCUUGCGCUUGCGAAGGCCGGCUAUACGGAGGUCAGCAGUGCACUUACGCUGUACGAAGCUUUCCGCAACGAAAAGGAAUGCUUGAUCUGGAGUAGUAUCUCGCAGAGCUUGUAUGCUCUCUCGUCCACUUGGUUCGAGCAUGCAGAUAUUCUCCGGGAGCUGGAUGCAUUCCGCCGGGAACUGUUCGUACCGAUUGUCAAACGCCUCGGAUAUGAUUACCCUGAAGACGAGGACAUCGACCAACGUCAGCUGCGGACAACUGCAAUUCUGCAAUCUGCAGAUGCAGGUGAUGAAUCUGUCGUGGCGGAGCUUUUGAAGAGGUUCAAACAAGCUGUUGAGACUGGGGAUGAUUCGUAUAUUCCGCCUGAUCUGACAGCGGUCACAUACCGCCUCGCCGUCCAGAAGGGCGGGCGCAAAGAGUACGAUACCGUUAGGGCGAUUACCUCCAAGCCGAAGACCCCGCAGAUGGGCAUCGCAGGUAUGCGUGCUAUGGGAGCCAGCCAGGAUAAGGCUUUGCAAGAGGAGACCUGGCAAUACAUUAUGACGAAGACUCGCGAUCAGGACUUGUUCUACUUUUUCAUUGGUCUCCAGGAGAAUUAUGCCGCCCGCCGAUUCCUCGUGCAGAAGUUCAAGCAGGAUUACGAUGCGCUGUAUCAACGUUUCAUUGACAACUUCAGCAUACAGGGCCUCAUUCGGCGUACCUUCAACACCUUGGCCUCUGGAAAAGACUAUGAGGAGACGAAGGCAUUCUUCCAGGGCAAGGACACGUCAAAAUACAAGAUGGCCUUGGAGCAGGCGCUCGAUACUAUCAAGGCGCGAGCUGCCUGGGUCGAGCGUUCGUCCGAUGAUCUCCGACGGUGGCUGUCUAGCCGGGCGUGAGGCGAUGUGUUAUUUGGGGUGGGGCUGUACUGUGAAGCACGGGGAUAUCUAACUGCUCGUACAUCGUAUGGGCAUUGUUUAUGUAACCGCAUAUCCAAACUCUGAAG